ACAAAAAAAAAGCAGAACCAGGCUCGAAAUGAAAUGGCAUGAAGGCGAGAAUGUCCUGAAUGUGUUUUGAGUUCAGGCUGCAGGAGAAAAGGGGUGGGGGCACGCUGACAGCCGAGGGAUGAAUACAGACAUAGGCGCCUGCAUUCCUAGAAAAUUCCUCGAAAUGGAAGGGCUCGGGAACGCGGUGCAGAAGAAAACUGCUGAUCUUGAGCACAUGGCGGAGGUUUUAAUCACUGGGGAGCAGCUCCGGCUCAGGCUUCAUGAAGAAAAGAUUAUCAAGGAUCGUCGAUAUCACCUUAGAACCUAUCCAAAUUGUUUUGUGGCUAAAGAAUUAAUCGAUUGGCUGCUAGAUCACAAAGAUGCUGCUGACAGGAACAUGGCAAUCAAGUUGGUGCAGAAACUAUUGGACCACGGUGUCAUCCAUCAUGUGUGUGAUGAACUUAAGGAAUUUAAGGAUGCCAAACUCUUCUAUCGCUUCAGAAAAGAUGAUGGCACUUUCCCAUUGGAUAGUGAGGUGAAGGUUUUCGCAAGGGGCCAAAGGAUAUAUGAAAAGUUGAUGACCACUGAGAACUAUCUGCUGCAGACAAGGGAGGAAGAAGGAGUGAAAUAUCAACGUGCUUUUGUAGCAAGUGAAUUUAUCGACUGGCUGGUACAAGAAGGAGAGGUUGCGUUAAGGAGUGAAGGGGAACAGCUUUGUUGUAGACUGCUGGAACAUGGCAUAAUUCAACAUGUGGCCAACAAACAUCACUUUGUGGAUGGUAACCUCUUGUAUCAGUUCCGCAUGAACUUUCGCAGAAGGCGAAGACUGGUGGAGCUGCUGAAUGGGAGUGUGUCUUUGGCACCUGACAGUCAUGAAAGCCCUUUCUGUUUACGAAAACAGAAUUCUGACAAUCCUAACACCAGCUUCCUCUCAGUGAGCCCAACAAAGGAAAUCAAGAUUGUUUCUGCGGUUCGACGGUGUAGCAUGAGCAGUAGCUGUGGCAGCAGUGGUUAUUACAGCAGCAGCCCCACUCCCAGCAGCAGCCCUCCUGUGUUGUCCAACCCCAAGUCUGUGUUAAAGAGACCAGUGACAACAGAGGAGCUCGUAGCUCCUGGGGCACCCUAUACGAAGAAGACGCUUACAAUUGUGGGUGAUGCAGUUGGCUGGGGAUUUGUCGUACGUGGAAAUAAACCAUGUCAUAUUCAAGCAGUGGAUCCCAGUGGCCCUGCUGCUGUAGCUGGAAUGAAGGUUCGACAAUUUGUAGUCUCUGUGAAUGGCCUGAAUGUUCUUCAUGUAGAUUAUAGAACUGUAAGCAAUCUUAUUCUAACUGGCCAACGUACCAUUGUAAUGGAAGUCAUGGAGGAAAUUAACUUCUGAAAAAGAAAUGGUCAUUUGAAUGCAUGCUACUAAUCAUGCAUUGGCACUGGAAGAUAAAACAAAACAAUUUGGAAAUGCGCACCUGCUCUUUUGUAUGCCAGAAUAAGAGAAUGCACAACAUAGCUUCAGGAGUUAAAACAUUGCCUUGUUUGUAUAUGAUUUAAUUUGCUUACAAUUGCCUCAGUGUAUAAAUGUUUAAAGUUUUAUUGACACUGGAAUAUGAGCUGUGUAGUAUACAAUUUGUGUUGCAGUAAUGAACUGACACUUGAAUGCAGUAAGUGACUUCUGGUGCAUUUUAUAGUGGCCUACACCUUUUGUCUCUCUAAAUGGACAUUUCCCAUUACUCAUAAUGGGAUGUAGGGUGUAAUCAGAUGAGUUGUAUCAUACAUGUGGAAGAAAUACCUCAACACUUGAAAACGUAGAUUCCUGUUAAUAGUUUGAAAACCAAAAAAAAGCAAAUAGUUUUGAGUUGUCUCUUGGUUUUUUUUUAUUCUUUCACUGUAAGUAAAUAAAUAUGUACACAUUUUUUGAGUGUGAACUAUACCAAGAGCUAGUUGAGAACUUUACAAGUGUCCCUCUUAUAUGUAAAACAGGGUCUUAGAAAAAAAAUGAGGUUUCAUAACAUUAAAAUUAUUGUUCUACAAUGUGAUAUCGAUUGCAAAAGAAGUAAAUACUGCCCAGAAUUUCCCUCUCCCGAAAAGUCGAGGGGAAGAUAAUUGGACGGAUUGGCAUCAGGGAGAUCCUUGUCAUCUUUCUACCAGCAUAGGAUUGAGUUCUGCUGAGCAACUCCUUCCCACCCUGCCACCAACUGGAGCUCCGGAGUGGUCAAUUAACAAACACUUAAGGGCCUUUUCAGCCACUGUAAAGCGACAGCAUUUCCCAAAGCUGAGACUCCUGGCAGGUUUCCCAAAUACUAGAAUGGAGUGGUCUGCCUGCUGGGUUUGUGCAGUCCUCAAUCUGCCUCAAUUUGAAAUGGUUGGCUGGGGGGGGGGGAGGGCCGGGCUGCGGAAUAGUGAAUAUAGCCAAGGGUAUGGCUGUGAAAGCCACAGUCCUGCCCUUGAUUCUAAGCUCCUCUCCCCUAUAGACCCAUCGCCCUCAUUGACCCCUUUCUUUCCUGCUGCUCCUGCACUUCUGGUUAACUCUCUUUUCUUUUCCACACUACCACCUAACUGCGGUAGUGCUUAUUUUUCCCCCAGCACCCAUGGUGUGUGUGUGUGUGUGUGUGUGUGUGCGUGCGUGCGCGCGCGCGCAGGUAUGAGACACAGUGAAAGACUCAAGGUGCAUGAAUCUUUAUUCAGUUUCCACCACCAAGAAGAUAGGAAAGCACCCAGAUGGCCAGUGACGAGCAGUGCCCUUCACAUCAAAGGGCAAUGCUGUGUGAUCAAACAGUGAAGGGGAGGGCAGGGAAUAAUCAAAAUAGAGUUGGAAAUAAUGCACUCCACUCCCUGCGGUGCCCACCUCUCCCUGAACAACUCCAGGGUGUUGGUGGAGACCGCGUGCUGCUCCUCCAGAGACACCCGGGCUCAAACGUAACCGCGGAAGAGGGGCAGGCAGUCGGCCCUAAUGACCCCCUCCACAGCCCGCUGCCUGGACCUGUUUAGGGCCAGUUUGGCCAGGCCCAGGAGCAGACCCACGAGGAGGUCUUCAGACCUGCCCUUCCUCCUCCGUACCGGGUGCCCAAAGAUCUGGAGCAUGGGACUGAAGUGCAACCACCUGGUUAACUCUUUCACAAGCAGCUUCCCGCCUCUGAUUGGCCACCACUCACGUGGGGUGGGAUACUGCUACCCUAGGAAGUGAUCCCAUCUGACACCCUAUCAGGUAAUCCUGAAGUGUUCACUAGGCAGGUGAUCUGGUCGACUUUCCAUUCAAAGGGUUGUUGGGGUUUGGGGUCAUUCUGCCCACUUUCACUUGGUGAAAAAUCUACAGUUUCCUACACCUGCCACUUUUUUUUUGUAUUGAUGUAAUUUCAGUGUAUUGGAAAAUAACAUUUUAGCGAAGUUUUCUUUUUUAAUAAGUCCACAGGUCACUCUCCAGUAUCAAGAUGUCCCGAGACAGUGUCUAAACUCCAAAUGAACAGGGCAUGUUUAACAAAAAAUGUUUAAUGUAAACAGAGAAUGUCAAAUUUAAACUCUUCUGAAUUUGACUAUCAUUUUAUUUAUUGGAAAAAUUAAGUGAAUCCAAGGACAUUGCAUUGUUCAGCUUCAGAAAAUGGAAUAAAGCAAAUCAUAUUUGCAUUGGAUCUUACCUAUAAUAUUUUUAUUGAAAGAACACUGAAUUAAACUCCAGUUGAAUUAAUUUGUGGAUUGCCUGCAAUCUUGAAUAAACACUCUAGAUCUGUUAAAGUCUCCUGUAAGAAACCUAUUAGUGGACCAACAACUAACCUUACCAUGUAGAUGGAGGUGUCAGUCCUGUUAUCUGCUGGCUUUGAUGAAAAGUACAGGAAACAAUAUUUGUAUAGGAGUUUAAAAUUUCUUUGAACUGCAGGAUUAAACACAAUUUGGUACAACAUGUUCAGUGGUACCAGAGUUUUUAUGUUUAAUAUUUUCAGUUGGCUUUUCUGUUUAUUUUCUUUCUUUAUGCCUUGGUUUGCUAAAUUUCAUCCAAAUUACUCCCUUUUAAAAGUGAAUUAAAUGUCACAUCUUGAGUCUUGAAUUUAUCUAAAAUUUUGUCAAGCUCAUGCUACAGAUGAGGCAUGUAUGUAAUGAACAAGGACUGAAAUGUGAAUGUUCUGAAGUUUUCUCUGCAAUCUUUACAUAACGCAUCUAUCUACCUCGUUGGCUCUGUCCUAAUGGGAAAGGAAAGGGUCAAUAUUUUUGCGAUGUUAAAAGUUUAGUUUUGCAUUCAAGCACAAAAUGGAAAAUCAAGGUAUCCUGGUUUGAAUAGGUAAUUCUAGUCACCACAGGAUAUAACAUGACACAAAAUAAAUAAGUAGAUGUUCAAGCUUGAGGACUAAUUUAAGAAGCAUUAGAUGAUUAAGAAUUAUAAAGUAGUGCUACCUAAUGAUUUAUAUUAUUGAGAUAGAUAAUGGACGUGAUUAAGUAUAUCCUGGUACGUUAUGUUUACGAUACAGCUAAUAAGUGAGAUGGUGCCUUUUGGGCAUUAGAUUUCAAAUAAAUUAGUUAAAUUUGAGAGUACCAGAGAUAAUCCUAUAACAGGGUGAAUUAAUUCAUUAUUCAACUGGUGUCUAUCUCAAAAUAAAUUCUGUUAUGUUACUUGAGAACUUUUAUUUCUGUUUAGAUUUUUAAACAAAAUGUGAGGCUGGUUUCAUAAAUCUUUUAUUGUCAUCAUUUGUGUUUUUGUUUUGAACUCUGACAAUUCCAGUCAAUCAAGUAAAGUCCUGGAGGACUGUAUGGCAAACUUUGUCUGAUAUAUUACUUUAACCUAUUUGAUGCUGUUUAAAUCACACCUACUUAAAUUAAUCACAUGCUAAGUAUGAUCUGAUAUGUGGGAUAUUUUACAGGCUUAAUGCUUCCAGCCUUAUAUUUCAGGAAAUUCUAUCUGGUAGGAAAAUAUUUCACUCCUAAGUAGGCUUAUGUAAAAUAACUUUUUGGCAACUUGUGUAAAGAUGACUAAAUAUGUAUAAGUAAUGUUUAUGCUUCUGUUUAAAUACUUAAAACUUAAAUCAGAAUCCUUUGUGCUGGUGCUAAUUAUAAGCCCCUGAGGUGUUUAUUAAUCUGAUUUAUGAAACCAGUUGAAUUUGAAUCUUUUCCAUGCAUGUUCACAUCAGUUCUUUUCUGGUCAGUCUAAAGCUAGGAUUUUGAAUAACAUUAGGAAUUCAGGGACUGCAGAAGCAUUUACUCAUAAUUCUAAAUUUUCAUUAGAGCUCAAUGCACUAAUGUAAAUUAAAUCUCAUUCUCAUUGCUGAAAUAUUUUCCAACUUUGUUGUUUCCAUAUCUGCGUAGAAGAAGCAAAUCUCCUCUACAGGUUAUUUCUAAAGUUUUAAGAUUCCGUUUAAACAUUUUUGUGGCUAUGUCUAGAAUUGACUCGAAAAAUACCCACAAACGUUUAACCUUAGCUCCGACUGGUAGUAAUGCUGUCUUUUUACAAAGGAUUAAUCAGAGUUUAGAUACAAGUUUUAUUUUUGUAUGGAUAUGUGGCUUUUUAUCAGCUGAUAUUAACUGUAUCAAAUGUAUGUCAUCACAAACUGUUGUAGUGAAAAAUGUGAAAUAAAUCUGUGUGCUAAUCA